CCCUGGUCCGAGUCUCGAACCUUACACGUACGAAUUGCAGUUUAAAAUCUUAGCGUCGAAGAUAUAUAGACUCCCCCUAACGGCGUCGUAUCGUAGCAUUUUCUCUAAUCUCUCUAUCUACGCAUCUCUCUCUCUCUCUCUCUCUGGGAAUCAGAUUCAAUGGCGGGCGAGAACGAGCCAGCGAAGCUUCUCCUACCGUAUCUCCAACGCGCCGAUGAGUUACAAAAGCACGAGCCUCUCGUCGCUUAUUACUGUCGAUUAUACGCAAUGGAACGAGGGCUCAAAAUACCACAAAGCGAGCGCACCAAAACCACCAAUUCCCUCCUUAUUUCCCUCAUGAAACAGCUCGAAAAGGACAAGAAGUCACUAAAGUUGGGGCCUGAAGACCGAUUGCAUCUGGAGGGUUUUGCCUUAAAUGUCUUUGCGAAGGCAGACAAGCAAGAUCGUGCAGGACGAGCUGACUUGAAUACCGCAAAAACAUUUUAUGCUGCAAGCAUUUUCUUUGAGAUUAUCAACCAGUUUGGGGUACUCCAAUUUGAUCUUGAGGAGAAGCAGAAGUAUGCAGCUUGGAAAGCAGCAGAUAUAAGGAAAGCUUUAAAAGAAGGAAGGAAGCCAAACCCAGGCCCGCCUGCUGGUGAUGAUGAUCUGUCAAUUCCCUCACUUAGUGGCUCAUAUGAUAUUGGGCCAAGCGAAACUGCAGUUACCAGUCCUGGACCUGAAUCUGAUCCAUCACUUCAGUUCCAUGAUAAAGGAAACAGCCUGCAUUCUACACAAAGUCUUCCAUCGUCACGGGGCCAUGAUAUUGACAACCCGCAUUCUACAAACAUUCCUCCAGCUGCUCAGUUCCAUGAUAGGGAUGACCAACAUUCUCCAAUCAUUCCUCCAGCAGUUCAGUUCCAUGAUAAAGACAACCAGCGUUCAACCUAUGUUUCACCAUCACCUCCUUCUUACCCUACUUCCAGUUACCCAUCCCACGACUUUCAUCCACCACCCGCAACAAACAGUUCAGAAAGUCCUACUUAUCCUCAGCCAUACCACCAUCAAUCUUACCCACAAGAACCUCAACAGCAUCUGCCUUCCAAUUUCCCUCCUCAUGAAACUUCCUCUUACUCUUAUCCCCAUUUCCAAACUUAUCCAAGUUUUUCAGAAAGUAGCCUCCCUGCAGUUCCAUCUAACUAUCCUUCUUACUAUCAGGGCUCUGAUGCUUCCUACUCUCAUCACACAGCUCCUCCUGUGACAAACUACACACCAAAUGCCCCACAGCGUUCGAGCAGCACAAAUGGGACUGUUUCAGAACCUUCCCCUGCUGCUGCUCAAACAUAUCAAUAUGACAGUAACUAUCAGCCAUCACCCGAGAAAAUUGCCGAGGCACAUAAAGCUGCAAGAUUUGCGGUAGGGGCGCUGGCAUUUGACGACGUGUCAAUUGCAGUAGACUACUUGAAGAAAUCGCUUGAAUUGCUGACAAAACCAUCCGCCAGUCACUAAGUCUUUAAUGUCCGGCAGAAUGGCAUUUUAGAGUUGGUUCUGUAUUCUGUUUCGUAUUUUGCAUGGUUUGAUUUGUAAAUAUUAUUUGGAAUCAUAAAUGAAAUGCCAAGGGUUUUAUUUAUGUUAUGAGACUGUGAAUGUAAUUAUUGAUACACCACAGAUUCUUUUGCUGCUUUAUGAGUCUGAUUAUAUGGAUUCAAGAUGGUAACAAGCGGGAGUGGGUUUGCCUCCCAUCAUACAGACCA